AUGGCUCCGUUUUACAAGAAGACGCUCAUAGUCGGGGCGACGUCGGGCAUUGGUGAGGCGCUGGUGCUUAAAUUGGCGAGCACGGGCACGGCGGUGAUUGCGACGGGCCGACGACGAGACCGUCUGGACGCUCUCGUGGCCAAGGCGCCGGCGGGCAGCGCGGCCAUCACGACGAUCGUGCAGGAUGUUUGUGAUUUCCAGGCGGCGCCAGCGUUUGCGGCGCACAUUGCGGCGAAACACCCAGGUCUCGACAGCGUGGUGCUCAACAGCGGAAUUCAGCGGGCGUUUGACUUUGGGCAGCCCGGCACGGUCGAUCUGGCGGCACUGGGAACAGAGCUGACGACCAACUAUCUGGCUGUGGUGCACCUGGUGACGGCGCUCCUGCCACAGCUCCAGGCGCAGGCACGGGCCCGAGACGAGGGGGCGGACCUCAUCUUUAUGAGCGCCACGCUCGGGCUAGUGCCGUCGCUCGUGCGUACACCCAACUACAACGCCAGCAAGGCGGCCCUGCACGCCUUCAUCACAGCGCUGCGGCAGCAGCAGCUAGACGUCGGUCUUGAGCGGCUGCGUGUCAUCGAGGUGUACCCACCGGCAGUGCAGACGGAGCUGCACGACACGGUACACCAGCCGGACCUCGUUGGCGGCGACAAGCUGGGCAUGCCGCUGGACGCCUUCACAGACGAGCUGUACGCUAAGCUACAGACCCGCCCGACGGUGCACGUGGGCAUUGGCCCUGUCGAGAGCCUUCUGGCCGAGGGCGGCCUCGAGGACCAGCGGCAGAAGCUGUUUGAGCAGCAGCAGGUGCACGUCAAGAAAGCACUCGGCCAUAUUUUACCAGGGCCCGGCAACGUCAAGACCCGCAGGACCGACCUGCUCGACGGAUCGUGGGACCAUUACCUUGCGUCCCACAACAUCUCGGCUCGACAGAUUGAGCACGAUUUCCAAACGCGAAGAGAAGCAGCACUACGCCAAGCAGCUGAGGAUGCAGAGCGAGCACGCGAGAAUGGGGAGUCCGUGGAUGCAGGCUUUGGGACGCCAGCGGCGGCAGCAAGGAGACGGGCGUCUGAGCGAAUCGCAGCAGUGACGCCCUCAAUAUCCGAGACUCCCGAAACCCCUGGAAAUGUCGAGUUACCUGAGGCAGAGGCAGAGGUCACUGGAAGCGUUAGUGGCAGCGGGAAGAAGCUAUCGGCGCAGCAAUUAAAGGUGCUGGACAAGAUCAAGCAGAACAAGAAGGGCAAGAAGAAGAAGCGGCGGGCACUGGACAGUGACGACGAAGACGACCAGACACUGGCGGCGCUGAGCAGCAUGGCGGUGCCGCUCCCGGGACAGAUGGAAAACUGCGGAUCAUGCGGCAAGCGGUUUACGGUGACGCCGUAUUCGCGUGCAGACCCAUCCGGCCGACUGCUCUGCACGGCUUGCAGCAAGAAGCUAGAUCAAGAGGACGAGGCAGCACGUGGAGCAAAGGGUCCGAAGCGAGCACGAGGGUCAGGGCAAGGUGGAGCAGGCGGUCGCGGGGGUGUGGGAGGCGGAGGGCCGGUGGGCCAGCGACGGAAGACACAGAGCCGAAUCCUGGACGGGGCAUCGCCGGUGGGAGUGAAAACAUUACUAACGCUGUGCGUGGAGCACCUGUCACGCAACAUAGACCGAGCUGAGGAUCUGGGCGACCUGCCGGAGGACCUGGUGGACCGGGUCGGACGGAUGUUGUCGAAGCGGCGGCUGCUGAGCCCAAUAACAUUGCAGCUGCUGGUGCGACCAGAGUCCGAGGAGAUUUGCGUGUACGAUGGGGCAGAACUGGUGACCAACGACUACCUGGCGAUAUUGCAGGCAAUGCCGCGGCUACGACGGCUGGUGGUGUACAACGCGAUUCAGUUCAAGGACGAGGCGCUGCAGUACCUACAGCAGCGGGACGUGCGGCUGGAAGCGCUGUGUCUGUACGGGGCGAACCUGCUGUCGGAGACGGCGUGGAAGAGCUACUUGGUGGAGCGAGGGAAGUGGCUGCGAACGCUGCACGUGUGCUACACGGACAAACAUGUGACGGACGAUCUGGCGGCGUACGUGAGGGACUGCGCGCCGGAGCUGCAGCGGCUGAAGAUCAAGGGAAACCAGGCGAUGGGGCCAGUGGGGGUGGGGCACCUAGGGGGGCUGGCGGGACUGCAGCACCUAGGGCUGGACCUGACAGCGUCGAUACGAGCAGACGUGCUGGUGCGGCUGUUGGAGCAGGUGGGUGGCAGUCUACAGACGCUGUCGCUGCGACGGGCCGACGAGGUGGACAACACGGUGCUAGCGGCGCUGCGGGAGCACUGCCGGGGACUGCGCAAGUUGCGACUGACGGAGAGCAACCGGUGCACCGAUGCAGGCUUUGUGCGGCUGUUCAACGGCUGGGCCAACGAACCGCUGCGCUUUGUGGACCUGGAGGGUUGUCGGUUUGACGAUCCGGACCAGCCGCGAACAAACGAGGCCGGCAUCGGACUCUGCUCAGACGGUUUCCGGGCACUGAUGGCGCACUCGGGCGUUGGGCUGCAGCACGUCAACGUGUGUGCGUGUCGGCACAUUGGACGCGAAGCGUUUGAGGACGUCUUCGCGGCUAGCAAGACGUACCCGGAGCUGCGCCACAUAGAGGUCAGCUUCUGCGAGGGGGUCACGGACCAGAUCGUCUGCAGCAUGUUCCGGUGCUGCCCGAAUCUGCGAGAGGUGGUCACAUUUGGUUGCAUGCGGGUGACGGGCGUACAGGUGCCGCACGGACGAGUCGUGCUCUCGGACGACGUCCCGGUCAAGCCAUGGAUCGAGACGCCGUGUCUGUUCUCGGCCGCUCUCUCGCGUGCUGCCGGAUGUAACGUCUACCUCAAGCUCGAGUGUCUCCAACCAUCGGGUUCGUUCAAGUCGCGCGGUAUCGGCAACCUGAUGAUGCGCGCGUCUGUCGGCGACAGGGACACCCACUUCUACUGCUCGUCCGGCGGCAAUGCUGGCCUGGCCUGUGCCGUGGCUGCGCGCGUCCUGGAUGCGCCGGCGACCAUUGUAGUGCCCACGUCAACGUCGGCCUACAUGGUAGACAAGCUGCGGGCGGCUGGCGCUGAGGUCCGGCAAAGGGGGGCCGACUGGGCCGCAGCAGACCAGCACUUGCGCGAAGAGGUGAUGCAGGAGGAUGAGGAAGGAAAAAAUGAAACCCAAAAGGUCUACGUCCCUCCCUUUGACCAUCCCGACGUCUGGGCUGGCGCGGCCACGAUAGUCGACGAGCUGUCCGUACAGCUGCCGGUCGGCGUAUGUCCGGACGCGCUCAUCUGCAGCGUCGGUGGUGGCGGCCUGCUCUGUGGUCUGAUGGAAGGCAUCGAGCGGGUGUACGGGGCGCAAGCUCCCACAGUCCUCGCUGUCGAGACCGCCGGCGCCGACAGUCUCGCAGCCAGCGUGGCGGCUGGCCGGCUGGUCACCCUACCAGCCAUCACGUCGAUCGCCACGUCGCUUGGUGCUAGACGGGUGGCUGAGCAGGCAUUUGCAUGGACGCAAAAGAAGCAAAAGAGGACCGUGCGAGACACCGUGAACGGCACUGUGCAAGAUACCGACAGGGAGACAGCAGUCGUUCCUGUCGUCGUGACAGACGCCGACGCCGUCGAGGCCAUCGUCCGGCUCCUUGACGACGAGCGGCUGCUGGUCGAGCCGGCCUGUGGCGCCGCGCUGGCGCCUCUUUACGCCAAACAUGGCUCCGGCGUCAGUCUGCUGCGCCACCACAUCGGCGAUGGCCUGACCGACGCCGCGUGGGCUGUCCGCAACGUCGUCGUCGUCGUCUGCGGCGGCUCCAACAUCAACCUAUCCAUGCUAGAGGAGUACCGGGCGCGGUUUGGCCGGUAG